GGCGACCGCGACUCGAGGAUUUCGUUUGUUUUGAAGUCAAUCGAUGGUAUUACAAAAUGUAAACAAUACCUAAAAUACUAACAUUAUUCAUUGUUAUACUGUUUCGAUCGUUGUCGCCACCUGCAGAUCAUUUUAAUUUCGGUUUAAGUUUAUGAUAACAAUAUACCUAUAAAUACCUACCCAUACGAUGAUGUCUACCGGCGAGGGAAAGUUCCUCCGACCGCACAAGAACAGUAGCCUGCGGCAAACGUUCGAGAUGCCAGGAGGCGAUAGUGAGGGUGCUCGCCAGUCGACCACGCAUGAAACUUACAGGCCGCCUAAAACCGUUGACGAAAAACCACUAACCGAUAAAGAGAGAAAAAGAAAAGAGUUCGAAGAAUAUUUGUGGAAAACAAUGACUGAAAAAGUAAUGAAUGACUUGGCAGCUAAAGCAAAAACAUUUUAUGAUCAUAACCGACAGUUUGAAACAACGUACAACAGUACAUUUCAAAUAAAAGGGUUCAAACCAAAAGAAAUAGGAGAACAAUUGGAUGAAGAACUAUGCGCCAAGUAUCCAUUGUACAACACAAACGGUAUGUCCGUGCCUGUUAACCGAUACGAGUAUGAAAAAGCUAAGCAACCUAUACACAAACCUUUGGCGCAUCUAUUCAAAAAGGACGACCGUUUCACCAGUCGAAUGAGCAAUCCCAACGAUCAUCAUGCUCCAGUUGAUCCUUCACAUUUUGCUUUCGUUUAAAAAGAAAAAACUAUACUUAAACUGUACAUCGAUAUAUACUUUGUUUGGUACAUACCUAUUACCUACAAUAUUAUAUUUUUCAAUAAUAAGCAAACAAUGAAUUAGAAAAAUGAAUGUAUCGUUUAUAUAAUGCAAUAACAAUUAAAGUUACAAAUUAUGUAAUACA